AUGUCUUCCACGAUGAAUCACACCUUGCUUGACACCGCUUCACCAUGCGAACUACCACAAAGUCUCGAACUCAGCAUUUUCACGCAGGUCAUUGCGAGUCUGCUCAAUCUGAUCUACUCAGACUCUGCUGGCCUGGUCUGGAUCGUCAGCAAUAUCAUGUGGGCGGUCGUGGAACAUAGAAUUGCUCUACAUUUGACAGCCCCAUUGUCCACAUGGAUAUGGGAACACACAUCCGAGAGAUAUGAGCCUCGUACCCAAGAUUUAUCAUCACCCUCCUUGGGUGAUCUCGGCGAAGACAUCAUCUUCUACGCCUCCUGCUGUCUGCUCCAUCUGGUCCUGUACUUCGAUUUCGUCAAGUGCGAUACGCCGCUUGGAUCACACCCUCCAGACGCGUUUAUUAACUGCUUGAUGCUCGUUUUUAUUAUACCUCAUAAUCUCUACGCUGAUUGGCCGAUCGUUUCGAUGGUAUUCAUUGUUUCGUGGGCGCACAUUUGGUCUCGCAACAUAUAUCUGGCUGUUGCAGGCAUCGUCUUCCUUCAAGUCAUGCUCUUUCUCACCUUCUAUACUUACACAGUUCUGGGGGACUGCCGUGCAAUUCUAUCGGAGCGAGUGAAGAAGAGCCCGAAAAUGAGCAGGAUCCUACUAUGGUUUCAAGGGCCCGAAGAGAAGGAUUAUGAGCCAAUCUAUGACGUCCUUUUUUGGAUCUUCACCUCGCCCCAUAAUCUUGAGGUUCGAUAUCAGCGUCUUUAUGCCAUUACAUUUCUACAAAAGAAAUACCUCCACGUCCGACCAUCACCAUGCUAUGGAAAGACCCGUCGGUAG